AAAACUUCCACAACGCUGAUUUUGCCUGAUAACUCCCAUCUGCACAUCAAAUUGAAUGUCGGCGUACCAGAAACGAAAUUCCUUUGACUAAACCUAGGUAUUCGACGAGUGCCCUGAAAAACUAUUUAGAAAUCCCAGAAGCUUGAAAAUCUGUCAAAGAUGGAUUUUUUGAAACAGGAGCUGGAGCGCAAGAGGAAACGCCUCGAAUCAGAUUUUGGAGGAAGGAAGUUUGUGAAAAGAUCUGAAAUUGAACGCAAAGAAAUUGACAGGAUUCGUGAGGAAGAGCGCAGGGAACUAGACCAGAAAAAUGCCCACAAGCACAGGCCAUCAGAUGACGGCACAACGCCAAAUUCCGAUUCGACAACCCCGUCAUCUACUGUCAACAAAAGCUCUGCCAAAUCGAAGGAAGAUUUAGCAGAAGAGCAAAAAAUUGACGAGUUGGCGCUCCCAAGAGCUGAAGUUAUCCGCCGUUUGCGCUUCUUAAAGCAGCCAAUAACCCUUUUUGGGGAAGAUGACGAUUCUAGACUUGACAGGCUUAAAUAUCUGUUAAAGGCCGGGAUUAUGGACCUCGAUGCCGACAUGACGGAGGGGCAGCGGAAUGAUUUUUUGAGGGACCUUGCAGAUCUGCAGAAGCGUCAAAAGAAAGGGAUUUUGCAGCGGAAGAAGGGGAAGGAAAAAGAAGGGGGUUCUGACGGCGAAGGCGAGGUGGGAUCUGAUGAUAAUGGCGGCGAAGGGGGCUCUGAUGGGGUUGAUGCUGACAAGGACUUGAAGCGCCUUAAGAGUAAUUUUGACGAACUGUGCGACGAGGACAAGAUUUUGGUGUUUUUCAAGCGCCUUUUGAAGGAGUGGGAGCAGGAGUUGGAGGACAGGUCUGAAGCUGAUAAGAGAACAGGCCGGGGUAAAUCUAUGGUUGCUACUUUUAAGCAGUGCGCCAGAUAUUUGAAGCCCCUAUUCAAGUUUUGCAGGAAAAGGUGCCUGCCGCUUGACAUUCGUCAAGCUUUGAUGGUUGUGGUGGAAUGCUGCAUGAAAAGGGACUAUUUGGCCGCAAUGGAUCAAUACAUUAAGCUGGCUAUAGGAAAUGCACCUUGGCCCAUAGGUGUGACCAUGGUUGGUAUUCAUGAACGUUCAGCUCGAGAAAAGAUCUAUACAAAUAGUGUUGCUCACAUCAUGAAUGAUGAAACUACCCGGAAGUACUUGCAGUCGAUAAAGAGGCUCAUGACUUUAUGCCAGAGACGAUAUCCCUCCCUACCAUCAAAGUCAGUUGAAUUCAACAGUUUGGCCAAUGGCAGUGAUUUGCAGUCUCUUCUAUUAGAAGAGAAGCAAAAGUUAGGCAAUCACAAUGCUGAAGAAAGGCUAAGAUUAAUGGCAGGGGCAGCAGAGGAUCCAAUAUCAUAGCUGUUAUGUGUAAACUCAUGCUAUUUUAAAUGGCCAAGGGUGAAGACCAUGCCUUAAGGAAUGGCCAUAUAUGAUGAGCAUCUUUUAUUAUCUACAAACUCAACGACCUUAAACCUUGCAUGUAAAACAUGAAUGGAUGAUUUUAGGUGUUUACAAAUGGUCAAUGCAGGCUCCAUUGAUUGGUUUGGAUGAGCAUAUACAAAUGCUUUUUGCCAGUGGACCUUGCAAAAAUAUUAACAUGUCAUGGUGGGGUUUAUGGUCAUUUUUUGUAUUAGCAUGUUAAGGCAAGGAGCUAAAUCUGCUCCUCACUUGUAAAGUGGUUCAACAUUGUGUUUUUUGAUUGUAUGCUUUGGACAAUCUUUGGGUAUAUGCGAUGGUUAUACAUUGCAUUGUUUUUAAUUGUCUUAGUGUAGUCUGCUUCCUUGCUUUAAACAAUAAUUAUCUGCCAGUGGAGUGUUUCAAUUUCUCCAUCCUGGUCGGAUUCAGUAACAGAACAUGAAGACUGUAAUAUUGAGUAGAAAGCUUAUUUGACGGAA